CAAAAUUCCACAUUGAACACUUGAACUGAGCGUGUCUACACACAUACAUAGUUUCUUCUUUUAUAAAAGCACAGUCUUUACAUUUUGUGAGUAUAAAACACCAAAAAAUGUGCUUGAUAUAUAUUUUUGGAGUGCUGGCCAUAACAAGUGGAGUUUUUAGCCAAGAAGACACAACAACCGUACUGCCAGAGGUUCGAGAAGUGUUUGUAGCCGUGGGUUCAUCUGUGAAGAUCCCGUGCGCUGACGGAGAGGGAAAAGGGGUGGAGUGGAGAUUCAACAGCUCAGUGCUCGUCUCAAGCCCUGUUCUCUCCAUACAGAACACGAGUCUGAAGGACCGAGGCUUCUACACCUGCCACCUACCAAAUGGAAACCUCAUACAAACAGUAUCUCUAAAUGUGGGAUAUCCGCCUUCUCCUCCGAAUGUGCAUUGUUGGUCUCCAAGUUACCCUAAAAGAGCAAUAUGUUCCUGGACACUGACUCCAGAUCCCAUACUUCCAACACAUUAUAUUACUACAUACAGGAGCUUCUCAGAGCCACUCUCAAGUGCCCGUCAGUGUCAGAAAUGGGCAGCAGGAGACAGGCAGUGUACGCUGGAGGAACUGGAGAUCUUCGCCAGAGAACCGUCUCUUCUCAACAUCACAGCUGUUAAUGCUCUGGGAAGCACAACAUACGUAUGGCCAUUUAUUUUUGAGCAGAUAGUGAAACCCGAUCCUCCGGUGAAUGUGAGCGUAAUGGUAAUGCCAGGCAGGAAGCUGUCAGUGCAGUGGGCUCCUCCACCCACCUGGCCGGACCCCGUCAACUUUCUCCUGAAAUACACAGUCAAAUUCCACUGGGGCAAACCUGAGAUGGCCAGAACUCUUGGCCCGUACGAGUCUAACAAAAUGAUUCUGAGUGGACUGGUGGCUGGAAGGACUUAUUACAUCCAAAUAUCUGCGAAGGACUUCCUGGAUGACGGGCGGAGCAGUGACUGGAGUGCACCGAUACGAGCCACUAUACCCAUCAACUGACACGACGAAUCACUACAUCAACCAGAGGAGCUGUGUUUAGAUGUUUAUUACUGGUACCAGAAGGGUAACUGUUUAUAACGGCAAUGAUAACCAACAUGUGCAGAAUGUCAUUAAUCUGAAAAAUAUGGUAGCUCCACCUGCAAAUAAUCACAAAGCUUGAAAGCAUUUCAAGAGCUCUUAUCUGAACUUUAUUUCUGGUUUGUGAAACAAUAAAAUCACACUUUAUCAAGCAGCAAAAGAAAAACACAAAUUAAUGACAGUUCUGACUUAGAAAAAGUUUCAUUUGAAAAUCACUUGAUUGUUUUUAAUAAAAUAAUGUUUUAAAAGAA